AUGAAUGCAUAUUUAAAAUUUCAGAUGAUUUGGCAGCCUCUUAACCUCACAGAGGCAUGUCCGCCCUACACGCCGAUCUCAGCGUGUUCCGACUUCGGAUUGGUGUACCUCAGCCUAUUGGUGCAGUUGUAUGGCGGUUCUUCUGAUAAGAGGAAGCAGCAGGUUUGCGAGAGAGAAGGCAGAAAAAGUAAACGCCAUUCAGAAUACGACUUCAUAGUAGUGGGCGCGGGAGCCGCGGGGUGCGUUAUUGCUAAUAGACUCACUGAGAACCCAAAGUGGAAGGUGCUGUUAUUGGAAGCUGGCCCCGAAGAGCCCGACGUGACGCUGGUGCCCGGCUUGUCCACCGCUCUGCUGGGCUCCAACAUAGACUGGCAGUACUCCACGGAGCCCAACGGCAAGAGCUGCCUCGCCCACCCUGGAGGGAGAUGCGCAUGGCCGAGGGGUAAAACAAUGGGCGGUUCGAGCUCCAUCAACUCGCUGGCCUACAUCCGGGGCAACCGCCUGGACUACGACGCUUGGGCCGCCCUGGGCAACGAGGGCUGGAGCUACAAAGAGGUGCUGCCAUUCUUCAGAAAAUCCGAAAGAAACAUGAAUGUAGAAGCCCUCGACAGCAAAUACCACGGCGCGAAGGGCGAACAGUACGUAUCGAGGUACCCUUACAUCGAUGAACCCUCUCUAAUGCUGACUGAAGCGUUCAACCAAGGAGGGCUCCCUCUAACAGACUACAACGCAGCUCAUCAAGUAGGCACCAUGCAGGCGCAAGCAGUAUCUCUAGAUGGUGAAAGAGUAUCGACCAACAUCGCCUUCAUACAACCUAUACGGAACAAAAGACCUAAUCUCGAUAUCGAAACCAAUUCAGAAGCAAUAAAAAUACUAAUAGAUGAAGACAACAAUGCGUACGGUAUCGUUUACGUAAAAGAUGGUAAAAAGUAUACUGCAUACGCCAAAAAAGAGGUGAUAAUCAGUGCUGGAUCUAUAAACUCGCCAAAAUUAUUAAUGUUAUCCGGAAUAGGACCGAAAAAGCAUUUAGAAAACUUGGGCAUACCGGUGGUGCAAGAUCUAGCCGUCGGAGAGAAUCUGCACGAUCACGUUACCUUUAAUGGUAUCAUACUCGCUUUGCCAAAUAAAACUUCUACAGCGGUCAGUGAAGAAGAGAUUUUGACGGCCGUUAAAGACUAUGCCAAAAUGAAAUUCAAAAGGGGUCCGCUCUCGGGUAACGGGCCGGUGAAUUCAGUUUCUUUCCUGAAAACCGAUCCCGAACUAGACGCACCCGAUAUACAGUACCAAGUAGACCACGCUCCGAACUGGAGAGAAUUCAUACAAGAUCCAAUAACGGCAGAAAACGUUGCAAUAAUGCCCACCGCCUUCUAUGACGCUGUGAUUCCGAGAACUAUGAAUUUGGUGCCAAAAAGCAGAGGAGUCCUUUUAUUGAACGAAACCGAUCCCAAUGGCCAUCCGUUACUGUAUCCUAAUUACUUCGGCGACGAGAGAGACUUCAUACCACUUUUGAAAGGAGUGCGAUUCCUGUUAUCUCUCGAGAAGACCGAAGCGUUCAGGUCCCGCGGAGCGUACUUCGUGCGACAGCCCAUGCCGCACUGCAAGCAUUACGAGUGGGGCACCGACGAAUACUUGAUUUGCUUGAUGAAAGCGUACACUACGACCACCUACCACCCCGCGGGCACGUGCCGCAUGGGCCCCGCGGGGGACGCGCGCGCGGUGCUCGACGGCCAGCUGCGCGUGCGCGGCGUGCGCGCGCUGCGAGUGAUCGACGCCUCCGUGAUGCCCGUGGUGGUGCGCGGGAACACCAACGCGCCUUCCAUCAUGAUAGGGGAGAGGGGGGUGGACUUCGUUAUUAGGUACUGGAGGAAUCGCACCAAAAACUACUGUUGA